ACUCCCCCCUCCACCGGCUACAAAAGAGGAGUUCAUUUUAACUUGUGGGGUCACAUUACGAAUUUCAGUCCUUCCUCGUUCCUCUCUAUAAGAGCAGCUACCGAGAUAAGUCUUUACUUCAACUUAUUAAAUAAGCAUCUUGAUUGUUUGUGCUAUCGGGUCAGUGAACUUCGUGUAACAUGUCUUGCAAUCGGUGUCAAGAUAAGAGCGUCCCCACGCUGGUGCGGGUCACUUGCUGGGGAUGUCGGGAGGGUUAUACUGUCCACGAAAAAUGUUUUCAUAUGGAAGAACCGGAAAAGCGUCUCUAUGUCGAGAAGAAAAUCUGGUGGUGCCCUCCCUGUCUGAAGGCAAGGACGGCGAGAGGAUAUAAGUUAGAGGAUCCUCCAGAGGCGGGCGUGGUUCUCUACUAUGCCAGUGGCAGUUCCCCAUGCCGUGCUGUCCUUCAUGUUGAUAAAGGCCCUUGGAAUCAAGUUAAACCUCGUUGAGCUGAACCUCAUGAAUAAGGAACAUCUCAAGCCAGAAUUCCUCAAGAUAAACCCACAGCACAAUGUACCGACUUUGGAUGAUAAUGGCUUCGCUAUCAACGAAAGUCGAGCCAUUCUCACCUACUUGGCAGAGAAGUUUGGCAAGGAUGAUUCUCUCUACCCCAAGGAUGUCAAGAAGCGGGCCUUGGUUAACCAGAGGCUGUACUUCGACAUUGGCACUCUCUAUCAGAGAUUUGCAGACUUGUAUUACCCCAUAAUGUUCUUCGGCGCAUCCUUCAAUGAGGAGAACAAAAAGAAGUUGGACGAUGCAUUCGGCUUCCUGGACAAGUUCCUGGAGGAUAGCACUUGGGUGGCGGGAGACGCGUACACUGUGGCUGACUACGCUAUCGCUGCUUCUGUCUCCACUGCUGACAUUGUAGGCUAUGAGGUCGACAAGUUCAAGAACGUUGCAAAAUGGUUCGCCAAAUGUCAGUCGAAUCUGCCAGGUUAUGCUGAAGGAAACAAGGCCGGACUUCAAGUUUUCAAAGGCAUGUAUGAGGCAUUGACCAAGAACAAGAAGGCAUAAGUGUACGCGCACCAAAGAGAGUUUCUGACUGAUUAAUAAUAUUUUUUUUAGAGUUACUCUAACACAAACCUACAUCUAUAGGUACACAUUUUCGUCAUUAUUAGGUUACAUCACUUUUGUUAUUUACUAUCCUCAAGUAAAAUAUGUCAACAAUGUUAUCAAUUAAAAAUGUUAAACAUU